GAUUCAGAUGGUCACUCGCAAAGAUCAUGGGAUCUCCAUCUUCAAAGAUGGCAAUCGCCGCUUCGCCGAGAACCUCGAUUUCGCUCGAGAGCAGACUCAUCUCCUCCUCUCCGACAUUCGCACUCACUUCUCCGCCACCACAGCGCUUCCUUUCGUUUCCGAGGCCGUCGAUACUCUUCGCUCUCUCCUCGACCAUACCUCUGGUGAGCUUGCCGAUGGAGACUUGCUCUUGAACGAGCAGCAGGUCAUCGCCCUGCACAGUGCUGUCAUCACGCUCCAUCGUGACGAGCUCCCCGACGAGGAACAAGACAUCUCUUGCUUCCUGCAGUACACCAAGCACUGCAUCGUCAAUGGUGUUUCGGCCAGCAAGUCUCAAGCACCAGCAGAGACGCCCGUAGGCUCCACCCCUCGCUUCUUUGCGCGACACUCGACUCCCCUUCGUCUGAAGAGAAAGUCCCCUCCACGUCAGAGUCCCGAGCCCGCUGCCGAGGGUGCCAGAGCUUCGCCCAGCUUCCCUCCUCGAUCUCGCCGCCGACUUUCGAGCCCCGAUGUCUCUAUAGAGGUCGUCAUUGAAACCACAGAGCAGCCGAGCACCACGGUCAAGAUCGAAGAUCGAAUGAUAAUGCUCAGACUCAAGAACCUUUGGCUGCAAAACGAGCUCCUUCGCGAACGCAUCAAGACCGAGCGAGUCCUCCGUGAGGAAAAGGUCGCUGCCAUCAGACGCGGCGACCCCACAACUUCCUCCUAUUAGCUCAAUAUGAUCAAUAUAUCGCACCAUUUGGUCCCUUGA